GCUUGCAUUACAAAUAGUGUAUAAUGUAUGAAUAUGUACGGUGUAUGGAUUUGAAGUGAUCUGCUUCGCAGCUCUGACACAAGUCUAUCCAUACAAGCAGUGGAUGUCGUCAUAUAGCAGUGCUUUGACAAUCAAAGUGAGUGCCGUGUGCAUUAUUUGCGGAUUUGAAGUGUGCAGUGUCGUCAGUCUGGCUGGUUACUGUUGUUGUCCUCCUGUCAAUCAAAGGGGGAGGUCACUCGUGCGCUCCACUCGUGCUGCUAGCAAUAGCCGGGCUGCGAUUAAAGCCAAGCAGGAAGUCGAACAAAGUUGUUGGUUUAAUUUCCCUUUCCCCUUUAACUCGCCCUUGGUUGAAAGAAGAAACGCUGACAUGAGCUCUUCUAGCUCCCUGACAAUUGGGGAGUUAUUCCACACGCUUGCCGAAAUGGGCUUCACAGAAGAGCAGAUCCAAGCAGCUAUGCAGGCUGGCCAUUUUUCUGUGAUGGAGGCGGCCGAGUGGCUCCUGCAAGGUCACGAUCAUCCUCGACACCAGUUGUUCAAGCAGUCGACGCAGCCGGCCGAGGCGGCUUUUUCGGCAUUUAACCCACCGAAAGAGUCGGCGAGCACGUCUGAGUCACGUACGCCUGAUGCUGACUGCCAAGCAAGUGGCUCUUUAGCUCCGAUGCCAGCGUCGUCCCGAGAACUUCCGCCACUAGAGUCGCGCCUCAAGGCGGACAAAAGUGACUUUGAAGAGCAGCAGAGGCAACUUGUGGCUCAGGCGGCCAGAGCGGAGAGGAGACAGAAGAAACAGGAGCGAGAGUUGGUGCUAAAGCGCAUCGCUGAGGACCGCAGGAGUUUACAGGAGAAGAAGAUCCACAGCGGUCCCGUGACAGAGGUGUCUCCUCCCAACAAUGGCGGGCUAGGCCAAAAGCUAGGAGGAAAGGUUGAGACUAAUGCGGACAACAACUGUGUCCUCAUGAUUCGCCUGCCGUCCGGUGAGUCCAUGCGCGAACGCUUUCCAGCUGACGCCCCUCUGCGCAGCGUAGUGGAGCAUAUCACCGGACGUCACCCCUCCCUCCCCACCUUCUCUCUCCUCCAGGGGUUCCCACGUAAACGCUUUGGGGAGGCGGAGCUGGCUUGCUCGCUGCGCUCCCUCGGCCUCACGCCCAACGCCGCUCUGUGUAUUCAAACAACCCCACCAGACACCCCUCAGGAAUCGCUGGAACCGCAGGCACCCUCUGAGGUGCAGCCUGCAGUGAGCGUCCCCGACCAGGAGGGGGCUGAUAUUGUCAUACCGCCCCCACUUCCUAACCAAAUAUGGGAUGAGGCUGUGAACUUAGCAGGGAUCCCUGGAGGUGCUCCUCUGCCUGGACCGUCUCACUUUUGGGGGCGUGGCCAAAGACUAGCUCCCGGCAAUCCUGAGGAAGCUGCCAUCGUGGAACUGGAAGAGGAAGAAGACGAAGAGGAGGGUGAAGUGCCAUACAUGCUAAACGGAAUGCCAAGGCUGCCCUUCUUCCCAGAGAACAGGAACCGUGGCGGAUUCGAGUCCAGACACCACUGGCCACAGCAAGGCAACCGACUUAGGGAGCCUCCGGCGGACGAGCCGGCUGAAGCGGAGGCAGCGGAAGGUCAGGUGGCGCCGCUAGCCGCCGGUCUUGCCGCGGUGGAGCGUCUCCAACGAGCGGCACAGCAAGAAGACCCUCACACUUCAAGGGGACAGCCGUUACCCCCAAAAAGACCCUUCAAGACCCCCAGCGUUCCUUCUCUGUGUGCCUUGGCCACGCGAGCCACCGUCCACCUCAUGACCGCCCCCAGCAUGCAAUACAGCAGCAGCCUGGCCGGCCUGACCCCCGAGCUGGCCGAGCUUCUUCUCAACCACAUGGCUCACGAGAGACUCCUCCGCCCACGCAACCUGGAGCUCUUCUUCGGCUGCCCGCUGCAGAAGUUUGCCCUCAACUCCUACCCGUACUCCACCAACGAGCUGCUGCGACAGCUCCGAGCUUUCACGGCGCUCAAGCACCUCAGUCUGGUCAACUCGCCUCUCAUCACCGACUCCGGGCUGUCAAUCUUAUCCAGUCUGGUCAAACUCCAGCACCUCAACCUGGCCUCUUGCACCAAACUGACCGACUCGUGUCUGCAGUAUCUAACAGGUCUAAAGAGCCUGUGCCUGCUGUCGCUGGACCAUACCAAAGUGACCGACGCGGGGAUAACGCUCUACCUGCAGUCGGCCCCGCCCUGCCUCUCUCAGCUCAGCCUCAACCAGACGGCGGUCAGCGAAGUCACACUGGCGGCGCUCCCCGGCUGCGUCCCACAGCUGCGUCUCCUCAGCAUCAAGCAGACAAAGGUUGCCGACGUGUCAGCUUUGGCUCACCUCACGGGGCUGCAGACGCUCUUCUUGGACGGGACCGGGGUGGAGGAGGCCUCGCUAGCUCAACUCGGGAACCACCCGACACUGACGUCACUUAGCUUAGCAGGGAUCCGCGUGGCGGACGGCAACCACGCCCUGCAGAUCGUCUCAGGGCUUCGGUUAACUCAGCUGACCCUCCCGGGGCGUCACACCGUCACCGACAACGGGCUGGCGUUCCUCUCGAGGCUGCGUCUCCUCUCUGAGCUCGACCUGACGGAUUACACACAAGUUACAGACCAGGGAAUCAAACAGCUCUGCACCAUGACCAGGUUAAAGAAGCUUUCACUGAGCAACACUCAGGUGACCGAUGCAGGGCUCACCUCGCUACGCCCCCUGCUGGAGCUGCAGGAGCUCUGCUUGGACCGAACGGCCGUCACAAGCCAAGGCGUGGCGGCGCUCAUCACCUGCCUGCCACACCUCCAGGUGUUGGGGUUAGCCAGCACGCAGGUGGGAGACAACGUGGUCCGUAGGGGUCUUAUUCACUGCGAUCAGCUGACAAAGCUGAACCUCAGCCGCACGCGAAUCACAGAUCACGGUGUGAAGUUCCUCAUGCGGAUGCGUCUGACUCAGGUCAACCUGGACGGCACCGGCGUGAGUCUGUCGGGCAUCGCCAGCCUCCUCACAGCCACGCACAUCAGCAGCAUCCGCGCCAGCAACACCCGCGUCAUCCCCUUGGACGACGUGUCCGACGAAGAGUGGCAAGAUCACUGAAGUCAGACCCCCCCCCCAUCUCGAGCAUGCCGCUUGUCGGCCCCCGUAGCACCUUCUACCACCGAGAAACACUCCUAUUUGCACUGUUGCUCACCUAAGCAGCUCCCCCAACGUGUACAGUUAAUAAAGCUGUAGUACCUAUAGUGGCCACUUGAGCAUGUUGAGGCUGCAGCCCAUAUCAUCAAAUAAAACAUUUGAAUUAAAAUCUGUGGAAAUGUUUAAGAUUUGUAAUUUUAUGACAUUUUGUUAGUUUGGUAAUCAAAACAAGGACUUAGUUUAAUUUUGUUUUAGUUGACAGAUGUCUUUUACUAAAAAGGACAAUCUAGCGACAUUUUGUCACCCACUUCCUGUUACCACUUACACUUUCGGUGAAUAAACUGUGCAUACAUU